CUGGAAAGUCGUUGAAGACUUAAGGGAUUAAAACAGUUUUUUCAUCUGGUAACACUGCCAGAUAAACUAAAAAAUCGAAUUGAUUUAUUUAAUUCCACGGAAGACGCGACGGUGACAGAAUAGCUGAGACAUGUCCAACGAAAAGGAGGACGAGUGCGACAAGCACAAGCAGCAGACGGCGUCGGACGCCAAGUCCACGUCGAGCGAAGAUUCGGAUGAGUACCAAUCGGCCGGUGAAGGUGAGGAUGGCGAUGGUGACGGUGAUUCCCCAGCGGAGCGCCCACCUGACACAACCAGCCCAUCGGUCGCCGCCACGCCCACAGCCAAGGCGGCUCCGCCACUGCCCACUGUGAUGCCGACAUCCGAGGCCCUGGACUAUCCCAUGCACCGAAGCGUUUUCGAGGACGACAUCAAGUCGCUGCAGCGACGACUACUUUUGAACACAGCCCAAGACGAAGUGGGUCGCAAGGAUAAACAUGGCAACACGCCACUCCAUCUGGCCGUAAUGCUGGGCAGAAAGCACGCUGUCCGUUUGCUUCUGGCCCAAAACGCCCCCGUUAAGAUCAAGAACAAUGAGGGCUGGUCCCCGCUGUCCGAGGCCAUCAGCUACGGUGACCGCCAGACAAUCACCCAGGUGCUGCGGAUGCUAAAGCUGCAGUCACGUGAACACAUGGAGAGCCGGCGCGAGAAGCUGGUUAAUGCGCUGCGCCAAAUGCAGGACUUCUACAUGGAAUUUAAGUGGGAUUUUCAAUCCUGGCUGCCGCUGGUUUCCCGCAUCCUGCCCUCGGACAUCUGCCGGCUGUACAAGUCGGGUGCCUCCAUUCGUUUGGACACCACACUGGUGGACUUCAAUGAUAUGCGUUGGGAGCGAGGAGACAUAUCGUUCCUGUUUAGAGGAGAGGCACCGGCAAGGGAAUCCCUGGUUCUGUUAGACAAUGAGCAGGAGUGCUUUCAGCGGUUGCGAUACGAGGAAUCAGACAUGGAGGAUGAGGUGGAUGUGCUCAUGUCGACCGAUAUUCUGGCCACCCAGAUGUCCACCAAGACGAUACAAUUCGCACGAGCGCAACGCGGCUGGAUAUUCCGCGCCAAUCGCAAGGAGCUCAUUGGGGGCCAGUACCAGUGCGAGAUCUACACCAUCCAGGGUUUGAUCCUAAAGCAGCGAAAGAGGCGGGAACACCUGUCGCACGAGGAUCUACAAAAGAACCGCGCCAUUGUCGAGACUAUUACCAAGGGUGGCAACCAGCAGCCGGAUACGCGCCGCUCCAGCCUAGGCAGCCAGCACACGGCCACGCCGCCGGAGACCAAUACACCAACGGCUCCGAAUGGCAUCUCGCUGCCGGAGCUACCGCGCCGCAGCUCGCUGCAGGCUCCGCCACCUCCCACAGUCACCUGGAGGCAGUAUCUCGAUGCGGAGGUCGGUAAGUGCCCACAGUUAGGCAGGACACCCGUGCACAAGCAAUCCAACAAGACGCUGCGAGCCACGGUAGCCAUGAGCAAGGACUUUCCACUUAGCGUUGACAUGCUGCUGGACGUUCUGGAAGUCGUGGCACCCCUAAAACACAUCAACAAGCUGCGCGAGUUCGUCACGCUGAAGCUACCGACGGGCUUUCCCGUGAAGAUUGAGAUACCCGUACUGCACACGGUGACCGCCAAGGUGACGUUCCAAAAAUUCGAGUUCCGCGACAACAUCCCCGCCAAGAUGUUUGAGGUGCCAUCGCACUACUGGGAGGAUGUGCGUCGCUUUCAGGACUUAUGACCAGGCGACGGGGAAGCCGCGCCAAAGGCCAAAGCUCCAACCCCCGGACAGAGCGGACCAGCGACUGGCGUUCGUGUCGAUUUGAAUCGCAAUGCGUCCUCGCCCUCAAUUGCGGAGUUUGAUUGAGGAGGUGUCCCCUGCACGAUACGCCUCUCAUCCUGCCGGUUUGCCCACACAUUUCAGGUCGCUUUUAGUGAUCACUCCAGCAAAAGUCGGAGGAUGCAGCUCGAACGGGCAGCUUGUUUAUGUAUGUAUGCUUAAGAGCCAAACACCCACACACAAAAAUUGCAAUUUUCACCUUUAGGGAAUCUCAUAUUCAAAUUAGACGCCCUGAAAAUUGCAAUUUUACAUUUACGUUUUGUUAUGUACUGUAUUUGUUUGUAAUUCCCUCCGCAAGGGGGGCAUUACUUAGUAGUAUUUAUUGUUAGAUUGAACAAUAUUCUGCACAGACUCGUCAUUUUUAACACACCGAGUGAAUCACUUCAACUCGAAUGGUGUUUUCUGAUUGCCGCCCUAUGUGGGGUGGGGUCCCAAAACAGCUGCUCCAUUGGCGAGGAAUCCAUAAAGUCCUCUUUCCUAAAUUGCCUUUCGUAUCUGCCGAUAAUCGCGGCGGUGCGAAGGUAAAGCUAAAUGUCCAAUCUGUAGAAUCGCUGGCUGAUCACCACGUUUCAAGCAACAACUUGAAAAGUUAGUUUGUAAGUGAUUUGAUGUUGUCCAAUAUCCGAUCCCUUGACAAACCGUUAAUCAUUUUAUUUAUGUGUACAUCCCCCUACGUUUUUAGUGCAAUUUCAUACCUAGUUUUAAGGUCAAAAGAGUCCACAUACCCGCUUGAAGAGCGUACAUCAAACAAUUGGGUUUUUUUCUACUUAGGCUACGUGUACUAGAGAGUCGAUCGCAAAACCAUUUCCAUCGCCUUGCUUCACAAUAUUCUCCUCAAGUAUUUAGACGUGCGCAAAACGAAGAAUAGCUCCACAAAUCAAUUAUAAAUUAAUAUUUAUACACACGGGCGUAUGUGCCCAUGUAUUUAUUUAUUACUUAGUUUCAUCUUAGCCAAUUAUUUAUGCCGUAACGAGCGUCUGUACUUGCACUGUAUUUGUUAAUCAACAAAAGCAGCUGGCUCCGAUUUAGUUUCGGUUCGCAUUGCUUUGCUGUGAUUUUUCCCACUUAUGUAACUACAGAAUAUGUCUAAACACCACAUGUAUUUAUGUAUAACUGCCAUUGCUUGCUUUUCCUCGGACACAAGUUUUCAUUUCUUAUCUAGAACUGCAGCUCAUAGAGGUAAAAUCAAUGCGAUAAUCAAAUAAAAUCGUUUUUAAACCGUAAUCCUAGAUCAAAACACAUCCUUACAAGAACUCUGAUGUAAGCAAAAAUCAGUAUAUUUUACUAGUUAAGGGCAAUUUAUUGAAACAUUUAUAUUUAUACGUGGCCACCCUAACUGUAACUGAGCCGAGCAAUUGUAUACGCUCUAAAAAAUAAUUAUAUACACAAACUGUAAAUGUGCAAACCCAA